AGUUGCACUUCACUUAAUAUUUCCUUUAUUUUUUAUUUUAUAUCCUAACAAAAACAGUAAAAAAUAUAUCAUUUUCACACACAACAAAAAUUUUAAAAUAACAAUAAUAAUAAUAACUAUAUACAGUACCUAUUUCAUGUAAUGCAGAUUUAUCACCAUGGAUGAUGAUGAGCCUCUUCUCUGCAAGACAACAGGAGGAGAAGAAGCAUCAAACAAAUCAACACCAAAGAGAGAAUUCUCACCGGCUUUCAUCGACAUCACUCCGUCUUGGCAACAAUCAAAUAACCAACUUAUCAACAAUGAAUCUGCAAUUCCAAUCAUCACAACGCCACAUUCUUCGUCGUUGAUGAACCUCCUAGCCAAUUUGAACAGAAAGAGAAGGCUCACCCGGCGCUCCAACUCCGCUCCUUGUGUCAUAACUGAUGUGAGGGAAGCUUUCCACAAUUCCAUAGAUCCAAGACCUGCAAGAAAAUCAACACCAUCGAUCGUCAGGCAAGCCUUCAUUGGAGUAGUUAUAUAUGCAAUAAUUGGCAUGUCAGUAUACCUAUUGAAAAGCGAAGGUUUUAAGGGGGACGCCACAUUGAAGCCAGUGGACGCCUUGUACUUCACUGUCGUCACUCUUUGCACCAUUGGCUACGGUGACAUUGUUCCGGACACAUCAUUCACAAAGCUAUUUACUUGUGCUUUCAUCUUAGUUGGUUUUGGUUUGGUAGAUAUAUUGCUUAAUGGGUUGGUCACUUAUAUUCUAGAUAGGCAAGAGGCUGUUUUGUUGAGCACAGUGGACGAGAAUCAAUUCAAUACGAUGGUUCGAGCAUAUGUGAUUGAUCCAGCAAAGGGGAGGAUGAGAAUAAGGAUGAAAGUGGGAUUGGCUUUGGCAGUUGUUGUAGGUUGUAUUGCCAUAGGGACAGUUACAGUGCAUUUAUUGGAGGAUAUGAGUUGGGUUGAUAGUUUUUAUCUGUCUGUAACAUCUGUUACGACAGUUGGUUACGGGGAUUAUGCCUUCACGACAUUAGCAGGCAGGUGUUUUGCUAUAAUUUGGCUUUUAGUCAGCACAUUGGCUGUUGCCAGGGCAUUUUUGUAUCUCACUGAGCUCAGGAUUGACAAGAGGAAUCGUAGAAUUGCCAAGUGGGUUCUUCAGAAGAAGAUGACUCUUGGGGAUUUAGUGGCUGCAGAUCUAGACCACGAUGGAUCGAUCAGCAAAUCAGAGUACAUCAUCUACAAGCUGAGGGAAAUGGGGAAAAUAGCAGAGAAAGACAUCAUGCAAAUCUGCACCCAGUUUGAUACAUUAGACAACACCAACUGCGGCAGACUUACCAUUGCCGAUCUCAUGGAGGAGAGUGACGCUGAUUGAUUCAGAUCCACUGCUAAAUUUCCCUAUUUUAAUGGAAAUACAGCAACAGCAACAUCAUUUUCCGGAUCAUUCGCCUUUGGAGCAAAUUUUCCUAGAAUCCAAACAGAGCGAGAAGAUCAAGCAUUGCGUUCCAUUUUUCUCUGUGCAGAACAGAAGACAGAUCAUGAAAGGACACUCAUCGAGUAAUCUUAGGGAGAAAAGAUAAGCUUUCCAUUCCCAUUCAUCUACUAACGGAGAAUGUGCAUUGCAUGUUCAUAAUUAUAAUUGUUAGAUUAGAAUUCUAUUUAUUUAAUUUGUAUUUGUCUAUCAAUGUUAUGAUUAUUUUACAAAAUUCAAGUCUAAUGAAGUUAGGAAAUCAACUGAGCUGCUCACCUCUACACUUACAUUUAUGAUAGGAGGUAGGAGCGAAUUCGUAUUUGAUUAAUGAUUCAUCGACUGAAUUUAUUUAAUCCGAAUUCUUUUGAAUGAAUUUCUUAUCGGGAAAGAAAACUCUUCUC